UCAUUCCCAGGCCCAGGCCGGGUGCAGUCUGAAGGGAAGGAAGGGCGAGGCACGAGUGUGAGUCAGUGCGGCGCUGCACCGUGAGGAGUGCGUGACUGCGUGGCGCGUGUCGGCGCGUGCGUGCGUGGCGUGUCGUGCUGUCUUGAUGGUGGCCGGGCCUCGCGACUGGCCCCAUGGACUGGCGGGGCACCGCGGGAGGACUCUGGACGAUGCUGUCAUGACACGUGACCAUGUCUGCUGGCGACGCUGAGGCUGACGCUGAGGAAAAGCUGCGGGCGGUGCGCCGCCUGCUGCACGACGUCAACGAGAGCGCGCUGCGGGACGGGGCGGACGUCGAGGACCUGUACCAAGUGUUCCUCCAGUCGCUGGCCCCGGCCCCCGCGGUGACACAGGCGGCGUUGCGCAAGAGGGCCAAAGGCGGACGGCGAGGUUAUGGCGGGGAGCUGUCAGUGGGCUGGCGCCACUGGAACUGGGCCCACUGGACUCUGCCUGUUGUCAUCGUGGUGCUGGCCCUUGCCCUGGCAGGGCUGGGGCUCUACAGUGAAGACGUAGUGAACAGUGCCCUGGGUGUGAGGUGUGUGGUGCCGAACAACUUCCUGGUGUGGGAGGCGACAAGGCCCAUUGCUGACUGUAACAUUUGCAGAGGCAUCAGCAACGUAAUACUGUUGUCCAAUAUUACUCGCAAGCAGUUUGCCCAGUACGCCUAUUCGUACCGUCCAAUAUUGGUGAAGGGAGCUGCAGCGCAAUGGCCUGCCAUGAGGACGUUCAGUUACGACUACUUCAAACAGCUCUACAAGUCCACUGAAGGGGCAUAUGAAUCUGUCGAAGAUGAAUGCCAGCUCCUCACUUUCAAGACUGAAUUCCUCUCGCUCAAAGAAGUGUUUUCUAUGUCAAGAUCAAGGGUAUUGAACCUGGAUGGGGAGCACCCCUGGUACAUUGGCUGGAGCAACUGCCACCCCAGCAUCCUGGCGGCAAUGCGCAGCCAGUACUCCAGGCCGCAGUUCCUGCCGGCGGACGCUGAGCACGCCCACCACGACUUCAUCUUCAUGGGGUACUCUCAGGGCGCCGCUAUGCAUCUCGACUACAUCAGCCGUCUGAUGUGGCAGGCCCAGCUCAAGGGGCACAAGACAUGGAUGCUGACACCCCCGCCGGAGUGCGAACACGUUUGCUCUUCUUUUUCCUUCCGCGCGGAUCCAGGUGACAUUGUUCUGUUGGACACGCGGCAAUGGUACCACAAAACCCAAAUCGACGGAAAGGAAUUUAGUCUCACGGUCAGUUCGGAAUAUGGCUGAUUCGAUUUCACAUAAUUCCACUUUGUCAAUCAAAUUGUUUCUUGUCAGAUAAGUUACCUCACUGUGAACCAGUAUUCCCCAAAGGCUUUUGUUAGUUUUAAGUAGAUAUGUUCAAGGAAACUUGUGAUUUUAAGUUUGUUUUUGUACUUAUUUGUGAUAUGGUUCUUAAUUUAUUUACUUUGAUGUGCCAAUGAUUACUUUUACUGUCACAAUUUUGCUGUAAGUUAUGGUGCCAUAAAGUAUCUGUGCGCUUUUGUAAGAUAAUAAAUGUUAGAUUGGAAUGAA